GGCACUUCCACCCAACCUUACACGAAGGAGGAGGAGAAGAUGGCCGCCAUCCUGCAGGAGAGAAAGGAAAAGAGAGAGGCCAAGAAGAAGGCCCUACGGGAGGAGCAGGCGGCCAAGUUGAGAAAGAUUGAGGAAGAGAUGGCUAGAGAGAAGGAGAGAAUUAAGAAAGAAGAAGAGCAGAAAUUGAAGGAGGUGGACGAGGAAGAGGAGGAAGGGCCGCCAUUGCAAAGGAGGAGUGGGCAGCACAGUGGCAGCAACGGUUGGGACCUGGAGAAGAGGAUAUCCGAAUGGGUUGCCAAUCUGUCUGUGGGAGAAGAGGAAGAAGUUAGUAUGUACAUCCCGCAGGAUCAACAAGAGGCUGCCAUGAGGGCUUGGGAUGCAGAGAAAGAUCCCCUCAGACGACAGGCGUUGGAAGACGAGAAGAGGAUGGAGUGGAAAUUAGCAGUGAUGAGGGAGAAGAAGAGAAGAGUUGACAAGGCAGCGGAGGCGGCGGAAGAAUUAGAGGAGGUGAAAAAGCUAGAAGAGCAAGUAGCCGCCCAGACUGAACUCCCAGCCCAGCUGCGAGUCAUAGCCCGAAGUGUCGCACGCCUGGCACGGAUUCACGCGGACCAAUAUGACUUCAGUAGGAGUCAAGAUAUAGUUGUGUGCUCGAUACGAUUGGGCUUUCGGGACUUUGCUCGUGAGUUGGUAGGCGCUGUUGGAGCCGAGGUGGGUCAUCGUCUCGACAAGACUGAGCGAUUUUGCGCUGGCGCCAUUGAAGGCGUCAAGGCGGCAGCUCCCAAGGAGGAGGAAGCACGUCCUCCUCACCAGGAGCCGGUCAAGGUCAAAUUCCCUGAUUCCUACAGUGGAAAAAGGGAAGAGAACUUCGACAAUUGGGAGGCCAACGUCAAAACCUAUGUGCAUCUGCAACAGGUCUCCCCAGAUCAGCAGGUUCUGAUCGCGAUCCACGCGCUUAGAGACGAGGCCGCUAGCUUUGCAAGGUCCCUAGUUCGCGCUGCCAAUUGUAAUGACGAUCCAGUUGCGUACUCCGUAUUUACUCCCCUCAUCGAUUUUAUGAAAUUGUUGCGCGAGCGAUUUGCUGACGUCGCUCGCAGUGUCAAGGCCUCGGACAAGCUCCAGACCAUCCAUUCUCGUAAAUGGAAGAGUGCCAGGGCACUCAAGGGUACAAUGGAUGAGUUGGUGGCCGUCCCGGACCAUGGGGUCACAGAAGGCCAGUUGGUCAACCUCUUUUACCGGGCUAUGCCCGAAGCCUUUCAAGGGCAGUUCUUCGCGAAGAGCGAAGACCCAGCCACAAGCCACCACUUACGAUUCCCUUAGCCGUGAGGUGGUGGCUUUGAAGCGAAGUCCGUGUCCCUGUCUACCUUCUGGCACAAGGACUUGGACAGGGGAAAGCAAUGGAAAGGCCGCACUAUCUC